UCAGUGCUCGAUCAACUACCUGUCAUCCGUUGUCCAACACCAACUCCCCAAGGACCAAACCAUUUCCCAAGAAGAUACUUUCAAAUAUAAUGCCCAUUGACAUCCACAGGUCGGCCUACGAGGGUCAAGCCCAGCUGGUCUCGGCUGCUUUGGCUGAAGAUCCCAAUCGAAUAAACGCACUAGACUCAGAUGGACGAACACCUUUGCAUAACUCAAGUUCGAGUGGCAGCUUGUCUGUUGUCAGAGUCCUACUUGAACAACAGGAACCCAAAUGCGAUAUCGAAAUUCCGGACGCAAUGGGCUGGACAGCAUUGAUUAUUGCAGCUUCUGCUGGAAUUACAGAGGUCGUAUCAGAGCUGAUUCACGCUGGUGCAAACGUCAACGCAGUCAACCAAAAAGGACAGACGGCAUUACAUUACGCCGCAUCGAAAGGACGAUUAGAGAUUGGGAGGUUACUAGUCCAAUAUGGUGCCGACAUCAACGCGAAAGAUCGAGCCAACCAGUUACCACUUCAUCGAGCCGCGUCCUCAGGAGCCACGCCAUUUGUGAAGUUACUUCUUGAACUGCCGAAUGCAGACGAAGAGAAAGGGACGGAGAGACCCAAAGCGAAGAUGAAUGUCGUGGACAAUGCUGGCCAUACCCCACUGCACCUUGCGUUUGAGUCGGGCCAUGCUGAGACGGCGUGUGUGCUGAUCGAAGCCGGCGCUAAUCGGGAGAGAUUGGACCCUGAUGGCAAGCGACCCGAUCAACUCGUCGAGGUCCUCGGCGACGUCGCUUCGAAAAGAAUCUUACAAUACGUCGAAGCUCGGUGCGGAAAAUUAGAGUGACUACAGAUCCCCCUGUUGGCUCUCCUUUCUCUUCUUAAUCUCGCUGUCAUCUCAUAACCUCCCACAUACAUUCUCCCCUCUGAUAAACUCGAAUAUGUAUGAUCCAUAUGACUUUUAUUCUUUCUCAACACACUUGUCCACUCACCUACGCGCGCCUAUAUAUAUACAUAUAUCUACACGGGAAAAUAUUCAUUACGAUCUAAAUGUACAUAGGCCUCAUAUACAUCAAUUUAUAUCUUGUGGUUGACUGCUCUACAAUCCCAAACUCUAAUCUAUCCCCUGAACGUUUCCCGUACUCAUUCUAUAACAAUCAAGUUUGUUGCUGAUCGUUGAACAAGUGGCUCCCUCCCGAACCUUUAUGAGAGACUACUACUAAGCUAACAUUAAACUCCACAUUAGAUUCGGCAUAUUAUAUCGACCAUCUUCCCCCCAACACAAGCCAAACAAAGAAGAGGCAAAAAUGCUUUGUACUGGUGGACUUAAGUAGCUAAAACAACAGAGUUGACAUUGGAUUCUCUGAUUCUGAAAUUGAUGGAUGUGUUGUCAAAUGACACGUCUCAGCUGCCAUGGUAGCUUUGCUCGAG